GUAGCUGCUCCGUUUUACACGCAAGAGAGGCGAAGGUCUUUUUAUCCCGUUUUCUCUCGGGAUCCUGCGGCGGCGGCGUUGGUAGCAACUAUGAAACUUCCCCGGCCGAUGUUUUCUUUCCUGUCCUUUGGGCUGCUCCUCGUCCAGCAGCGGGCUGAGAUGCCCGGACGAACUUACCUUUACGACAACCGCUACGCUGGGCAUAAGGUGAUAAGGAUUAUACCAGAGAAUGACCAAAUGGCAGAGACAUUGAAGAUUCUUUCUCAACAACUUAAAGUGGACCUGUGGCAACCAAGCAGCCUGUCUCUCAUCUCCAAGGGUGCAGUUACAGAUGUACAUCUGUCAAGAAAUAGUUCACAGAUUCUUCAGUUCUCCUUAGAGCAAGCAAACAUCCAAUAUACAGUCCUCAUAUCUGAUUUGCAAAAAAAUAUAGAAAAACAAAGUGAUUCAAAGCCACCCAGGAAUCGUAGAUCAUUGCCAGAAUAUAGUUAUGAAAUAUAUCAUUCCCUGGAAGAAAUUCAAAGUUGGAUGUAUUAUUUGAACAAAACUCAUUCUGAUCUCAUUUAUAUGUUCUCCAUUGGCAAGUCAUAUGAGGGAAGACCACUUUUUGUGCUAAAGCUAGGCAAAAGAACAAGGGUUUAUAAGAAAGCUGUAUGGAUUGACUGUGGAAUUCAUGCAAGAGAGUGGAUCACUCCAGCUUUUUGCCAAUGGUUUGUGAAAGAAGCUCUUCAGACAUAUCAAAAUGAUUCAGCCAUGAGAAGAAUGCUAAAUCAAUUGUAUUUCUUUAUCAUGCCUAUUUUUAACGUGGAUGGAUAUCAUUUUAGCUGGACUCAGGAUCGAUUUUGGAGGAAAACAAGAUCAAAGAAUUCAAAGUUUCACUGCCAUGGAGUAGAUGCCAAUCGUAACUGGAAAGUAAAAUGGUGUGAUGAAGGUGCUUCCCUUCAUCCCUGUGAUGACACAUACUGUGGUCCAUUCCCUGAAUCUGAACCAGAAGUGAAGGCUGUUGCUCAUUUUCUUCGCAAACACCAUACUCAGAUGAAAGCCUAUUUGUCCUUUCAUGCGUAUGCCCAAAUGCUAUUGUAUCCAUACUCUUACAAGUAUGCAGCUAUUCUAAAUUUUAGUUGUGUGGAAUCUGCAGCUGUUAAUGCUGUAAAUGCUUUGCAGUCUGUUUAUGGAAUAAGGUAUCGAUAUGGUCCUGCUUCCAGAACUUUGUAUGUAAGUUCUGGAAGUUCAAUGGAUUGGGCCUAUAAAACUGGAAUCCACUAUUCAUUUGCCUUUGAAUUGCGUGAUACAGGUCAUUUUGGAUUUUUAUUGCCUGAGAACCUAAUCAAGCCAACCUGUAUAGAGACCAUGCUGGCUGUUAAAAAUAUAACCAUGCACCUCCUUAAAAAGUGUCAUUUAAGCGUUGCAGCCAAGUUUUAAUUUUUUAAUUGUUCUUAAGAAUACAGCGUGAAGUCACUCAAAUAUAGAAUAUAGCAUUUUCCACUAGUGGAACCCAUUGAAAAAAAAAUGAUAUUUUCUACAUAUAAGAGAUAUUCAAAUGUUUGAUACAUAUACUAGGCCAUACAUAUGUGGUAUCAGGACAUAUGAAGGCAGAAAUCCUUGAGUGUAUCUAAAUGAUUAUUGAUGAAAUUAUGAAAGGUGGAAAUGAGAAAAAGUAAAAAGAAAAAGAAGCACCAAGACUUUAUUCAAAUUCAUGUCUAGCAAGAAAAAGGAUAAAUCAUGUGAAAUCUUUGUUCUAAUAAAUUAUCUGCCUAAUUUAUACAUGAAUUUAUAUAUGAAUCUCAGCUUGGCUCAAAGAAGAAUCAUAAUUUGCUCAAAAUGUUGAAUUUUGAACCACUGAAAGUUAGUCAUAGCUCUGAUAUCUAUAACCUAAGCUAAACCUUUUGCAAUAAUAAAGCUAUUUUACUGUUAGGAUCAUAUGUUUAUUAACAUUGGAAUAAAAUACAUCAUGCAGCAAAAAACAUUGGCAAGACCUGUGUAUUAACUUCCUGGGAGGAAUAUGCCGAGAAUAGAGGAUACAGUAUAUUCCUCUAUGAAUGUCACCAAAGACCAAAUUCCAAAAUUAACUUUAAGAUUGGAAACAUCCAGAUGGAAUAAUGUUCUAUCAUAUCUACUGCAUUCAUUAUAUUUUUUCAUGUUCCAAUUGUAGAGGAAUAAUAGCAUUUAUUUUUACUAUUGUGCUUUAAACUCCAGGGAACCUAUUUUAUUUAAAUUAUAUUUUAGAACUCUCCUUCAUAGCUAGAGAUUGAAUAACCUUUAUUGCUAUCACCUUGGAAAUGUCAGUAUGGUCAAUUUAUUCAGUGUAGAAAAUGGAUAGUGUAAGAUGUAAUCAAAGGGUCAACUCACCCAAUAAGUAUUGCAUUUCCCCAGGCACAGUGAAAUGGAAAAUAAGUAAAUAACAGCCAAAGCAGAGAAGGCAAUUUCAACCUCUGAAACCAGGACAGAAACAGCUAUUAUAUAAGUAUAUGGAUAAGAAUCAAUUGGUUUCGCAGAUCACAUGUACUGAAAAAGUGUAAACUUUUAGUCAUUUGCAGCAUGUCACUGCGUAGCUGCAAAAAUCGUAACCAUUCCCCCUGCAAAAUACCAAGUGAUGAAGAAAGUAAGGCAUCCUUGUCAGUCUGACUGCAUCUUUCUU